UGCUUAUGUGUAUGUUGGUAUUGCCUUUGUUAUGGAUAAUUUAAUUGGAACAAUGAUUUGUUUAAGGUGGUGAAGUAGACAUUUAUUAGAAUAAUAUUAAAAACACUUCUUCCUUAACAUGGGUACUGAAAAUGAAUUGAAUGCAGACGUGAAUAAUAUUAUGACAGACUUCUACAAAAUCAAAGAGUUUUAUUUGAAGGAGCAAAUGCUUCGUCAGAAGUACGAAGGAAUUACAAAACACUUGCAGGAAGAAAACAAAGUCGUUCAAGACUUAGAAAAAACUUUACGUAGUAAACUGAACAUCAGUCGAGAGUUAGUACUUCAACAGCAAGACACCAUUUCAAGUCUUCUUGAUGUCAAAAGUGAAAAUAUAAGAUUAUCAGAACACAUGAAACAACUUGAAGCAAGUUUGGCUGACCUGAAAAGACAAUUGGCAGAUGAAAAAGAAAAAUGGCACACUAAUCAAGAAAAGAUGAAAUUAAGUCAGAAUCAUGAAAUGGAAGAACUGAAAUCAAGCUGUGAGAAAAGAGUAAUGGAAGCUGAGAGAGAGGUAGAGGUCAUCAAAGCAAAGUUUCAUGCACAGUGUUCUGAACUGGCUAAAAAGUUAGAAAAUAUUCAAAAUCAAAAUUCUAAUGAAAUCAAUAUAAUUGUGCUUGAAUAUGAAGAACGUUUGCAUAAAAUGGAAGAGCGAUUAAAAGCAGCUGAAGCCGAAAGUCAACAGAUUCGGGAUCGAGCUGCUACUGAUGUUGUUCUUUAUCAGAAGGGGCUAUUAUCACAUAGGCCACUGUGAUGUGAGUAAGCUGAGGUUGCCUUUAGCCAGCAAACUCUGGAUCUUUCAUCUUGUUAAACCAGUUUUCAACACUGAUACUGAUUGAAAUGCAUGCAAAACAUUCAGAAGCGUACAAAGUGAAAAAUCAUGAGCAUUCCUCUGUUUCAUUAUUCUUUAUCUCCUCCUCUUUCAACUAAUAGUUUAUUAUUUCUGAUGUGCUAGUCACUUAAUGCUGUUUUGCACACUGGUUGCCAUGCUUUUGCCUGAUCUUAUAUCCUUAUUUUCCCCACUGUAUUCCUUACAUAAGAUACUUAAGUUAUUUUUACAACCUUUAUUCUGAAUAUUACCUUUGUCAACGAGGAUUGCUUUAUAAUAUCCAUAUGUUUCCAAGAAAACUGCUCUUGAUCAUGUAUUAUUUGCCUGACUGCUCCUUCCAAACCAUCCUCUACUUAGUGUCACCUCUUUCACAGUUUUUACAUGAUUUUAUACCCAGUCAGUAAUUUCACAUUUUUGAUAAUUGUAAGGAAAAUGCUGAUUCCCAUUAUUAAAAAAAUUAUAAUUGUCAGCAUGGCCUAUGAUGAUUCACACAUUUUUAACUUCACAGUAAUGUUACGAUUUGCUCGAUAAGCUGUCAUUUUUAGCUGAGCUAAACCACUCUUAGACAGUCACCAUAAUUAUUUCAAAAUUAUACAGUUUGCACUGCUCCUGUCAUCUCAUUGCUGAAACACACAAUUUUGGUGUGUGUUCUUUCAUCUUUAGUUUCUAGGGUACAAGACACAUCUUCAUCAGAAUUCGAACCAGAAUUGGAUUUUCAGGUUUGUGACCUUUGGUUUUGUAAUGUCGUUACUGCAAAAAGCAAUUCUGGUAUAGGUGCCAUUCUUCUAUCAUACUUAGUUUCCAACUUACGCCAUCCUCAGUAUGACUCAAGCUCAGAAUAACUUCUGAGUUUUCAUGUCUCUAAAUUCUUUUCUUGGUUUUGAGGUAUAAGCCCCCCCAUUUACAAGAGACCAUCCUGCAGCAGUGUUUAAACACAAUGGUAAUAUUCUACUGAUUAUGCAACAAAACACAAUAUCUGCAUUAAAUCAUCAGUGUUAUUACUUCAGAACUUGGUGGUAUCAAGUUAAAUUCUACGCCAUAUACUAGAUGAGCCAUCUUAUAUAUAAAAUUCUAAAGUCAGACUUAUAAUCUUUAUGUUGAACACCAUCAGCUGUAAAUAAAAUAUGUUAAGAGUAUAUAUAUGUUACAUGAUUAAAAUGUAAUAUAUGUGACAGAAAUAUUUAUGUUGUGUGAAACUGUUUAUAAAAAGGUAUUAGAUUGUGUGUAUAGUAUGAAGUAUUGUGGUUGAUCCACACCGAAGUACAUGUGGUAGAGUUUGUAUGCAGCAAUACUGGUACAUAGGAUAUGAACAAUCUCUAGCAGUCAAAUCAGGACUGAGUAGAAAUUGUGCAGAGCAGAGGCAGUGGGCUUGUCACUCACUAUUCCGAAAUGAACUUCGAGACUAAGUAACCUCCAAAAAAAGAGGUGGCGACCCACACGGGGUUGUAGAGCUACAGGAAGAAGAAGAAAGUAAGUCUACCACAACUGGUCAUUGCCUUAAAAAUAUUUAAACAUUCUUUUUAUUGUAUUAAAAAUGUCUCUGAAGUCUGCAGUUCAGGAUUGUUGAAUCAGGCACAAGAAUUCAAGAAUGAAACUAAUGAACCAAAAAAUUUUA